UCUCGCGGGCCGCUGGGAGUGGCGGCUGCGGUGCUCUCCGAGGGCGGGCGGAUCGCUGGCGGAGGGCUGGGGCCGGACGGCGGCUUGUGAGCUGCGGCGCGGAUUGUUUCAGAGACCCAACUGUUGCAUAAAGCAGGGGGCCCUUUUGCAUUGCUCUCAAUGGGGUGGAUGCUCAGUAAAUUGUGCCAGGCUGCCUGAUGUCAUGUGGCCUGUGCUUUGGACCGUGGUGCGUACCUAUGCUCCCUAUGUCACCUUUCCCAUGGCCUUCGUGGUUGGGGCUGUGGGCUACCACCUGGAAUGGUUCAUCCGGGGGAAGGAUCCCCAGCCUGUGGAGGAGGAGAAGAGCAUCUCGGAGCGCCGGGAGGACCGCAAGCUGGACGAGCUGCUAGGCAAGGACCACACCCAGGUCGUGAGCCUUAAGGACAAGCUGGAAUUUGCCCCUAAAGCUGUCCUGAACAGAAACCGCCCGGAGAAGAAUUAAUGGAGGACACAGGGCCCUAUGGGUCCUUCUGUGGGCCACAACUGGUCCUGCCACCAUGUCGACGCAGCAACCAGAACCCACACCUGAUUUGCUUUAUUGCUUCUUCUGGCCCCUCCCGCCCCACACAGCCACACACGUACUGGCUGCUCCGCUAUGGCCAGGCAGACACACUAGUAGCUGAGGAGGGGCCAGUGAAGAGGGAGGCCCGUGAGGGUUUUGGCCUGAAGGCUGCCUCUGCUGGAUGGUGGCCACAGCUGCAAAGGCUUCUGCGCUGCUAGGUGCACCACUGGGAGGAGAGUGAUGAAAUGAACAUUGGCUAUCAGUCCCUGUGGGGAGGCAGUUUGGCCUCAGGUGGGAGUGGCUGGGAUUGGGGUGAUGCGUUUAGGAGGGAUACCUACAUGCCUGGUUCUAGUUUGCACUGGGCAGAGUUCAGAAAUCUCCCUGGCUCCCUUAACUAGCUUGCUGUGUCCUUUGUGUUCAUUCUUCUUGAAAUCCUGUCCUGUCAGCUCAGGAAGGGGAUUCCCCUGGGAAGGAAGGCAGUUUUCUGUUCUUGGGAGCCCACGCUGUUCACCUUGGGGCAGGUGAAUUUGCUUGAAAACAGUCACCGUCUUUCACCCCCACCCCGUCACUGUGUAGUGCAAAACUUGAUUAAAGUGGCAUCUGAGAACCA